GAAAUACGAUCUCGCCCCUGGAAAUCUAAACUCGGACACGGAAUGGCGCUGUCAAUUGGUCCCAGACGCACCCAAGUGGAGUCCAGAGUCUGGUUACCUGGCUAGUCGAUGCGGCACGGUAACGUUGACAUCAACCUUAACUUAUCUUCGCAACUUUUUCAACUUCGCGAUAAUUUCAUUUUGCUUCACUCGUUUUGAGCAAACGUCUUUCGUUUUUCAUCUCUGGAGAGGGUCAAUACUCGUUCAUUCGCUGAAUACAUAAUCAAUAAUAUACGCGCGAUGAAUCUGUUUCUCCUCCCAGCGCUCCUCGCGACCAGCGUCUUCGCUGCUCCGUACCUCGUUCCUACUUAUGUCGUGCUGUCAGUCUACACAGAGGAGGGCUUCACAGAUUUAUUGACUACGGUCCCCGAAUCGCGUUACACCUACACCGAAGCCGUUGUGCCCGCGACUCCAGUCUUAGCCAUCACCACAAUCACCACACCCGCGGAAUAUACACACGUAACGAUCCUCGACAUCGUGGUCCCGUCCGGUAGUCCAGUAUCCGAGACCUACGACUCCAGCUACAUCGAAACAAGCUUUGUGGUUCCAGUCACGUAUACCCCCGACGCAACCUGCACGAGUCAAAACUGGACCUUCACAACAAACGUACCAGUCUACGUCCCGGACAUCGUCUCAUUGUCUCCCGUCACAACCUCUCUCUCCGCGACCACAUAUUCGUACGAACAUUACAACCCGACGCCGACUACGAACUUGAUAGCAGUGUUAAAUCCCACGGAUGUCAACGCGGAUGAUCUCGCGUCUGCGAGCUCGGAAUACGCGCCAUAUGGAAUGAGCUAUUGCUACACGCCAACCACGUACUGUCCUACAGCUUCGGCAGCGACGUGCACUACGACGUUUGUAUACGAUGAUUCGAGCUCGGGGUACUAUAAUGGAGAUGAGCCAUUUGAGGACGACGACAAUAGCUGGCUGACACCGCUCAUCUUGAUCUGUGUCUUGGUACCAGUCGGUUGGUUCUUGAUCUGGCUGUUAAUCGGGCUGUGGGAGAGUUGGAUGUCAUUUAAAGGAUUGAUGCUAGGACAGCAUCGGAAGCGAGGAUUGCCGUAUGCGUGGUGUUGUAUUAGCGUUAUAUUCUUGUGCUGGGUGGGCCCGACGUAUAAGGCGAAGGGUGCGGAGGAGCAGGCGGAGUUGGCGGAGAAGUGGAAGGCGAUGGGGAAGAGGGAGAAGUUUAAGUUGUGGAUGAAGUGGGGGUUUAGGUGGAAGUAUCCGGAUAUGAUUGGGGAGGAGCCGGAGUAUGCGAAGAGGGCUUUUAGACAGGGUUGUUUGUGAUACUGUACGUACAAUACUUAAUAGUUAAUUUAAUCGAUCAAGACUG